UCUCAUUCAGAGAAAACCAAAUUGGAAGAAGGAGAAAUAAUAUCCAGAGCAACUGCCGUCCUUUAACUGGAUAAUCGUCACUUGUUCCAAGAACUCACAGUUAUAUGGGCAGGAAGAAAGCAACAUCUAACAGGAACGAGCAAUACACCGCUCCAACGAAACUAACCAGAAGCAAGAAAGAAAUUUGUUGUCAACUCAUAAAUGGCUCAGGAUACUUCUGCUAGUGUUGACUCACCAAGACGACGUGCUGGACUCCUGAGAGAUCAGGUCAAAGUUGUUAAAAGAAAGGAUUCUGAGCGCUAUGAGGUUGCCCCAAUUGAAGAAACAUUGUCAUUUGAGAAAGGGUUCUUCAUUGUUAUCCGUGCAUGCCAGCUGUUGGCUCAAAAGAAUGAAGGCUUAAUCUUAGUAGGAGUAGCAGGCCCCUCUGGAGCUGGAAAGACCGUGUUCACUGAGAAGGUUCUCAACUUUUUGCCUAGCAUUGCAGUUAUUUCGAUGGACAAUUACAAUGAUUCUAGUCGCAUUAUUGAUGGGAACUUCGAUGAUCCAAGGCUGACGGAUUAUGACACACUACUUGAUAACAUACGUGGUUUAAGAGAAGGGAAAAUAGUUCAAGUUCCAAUUUAUGACUUCAAGACAAGCUCUCGAAUUGGUUACAGGGCAGUGGAAGUUCCUAGCUCCCGCAUUGUGAUCAUAGAAGGCAUCUAUGCAUUAAGCGAGAAACUAAGACCAUUGCUAGAUCUUCGUGUAUCUAUUACUGGUGGAGUUCACUUUGACCUUGUCAAACGAGUUUUGCGGGAUAUUCAACGUGCUGGCCAAGCGCCGGAAGAAAUAAUUCAUCAGAUCUCUGAAACUGUUUACCCAAUGUACAAGGCAUUCAUUGAGCCCGAUCUCCAGACUGCCCAUAUAAAGAUCAUCAACAAGUUUAAUCCUUUCACUGGGUUUCAGAGUCCAACUUAUAUUUUGAAGUCAGCAAGGUCUGUCACAGAUGAACAAAUAAAGGCUGUUUUCCCUCAAGAAUACAAUGAGAGAACAGAGGAAACUUAUGACAUUUAUCUUCUACCUCCUGGUGAAGAUCCAGAAGCAUGUCAAUCAUAUUUGAGGAUGCGGAACAGGGAUGGAAAGUACAAUCUCAUGUUUGAGGAGUGGGUUACAGACAGUCCAUUCAUAAUAUCUCCUAGGAUAACUUUUGAAGUUAGUGUGCGUCUUCUGGGAGGACUCAUGGCUUUGGGCUACACAAUUGCUGCCAUACUGAAAAGAAGCAGCCAUGUGUUUCAUGAUGACAAGGUUUGCGUGAAAACUGACUGGUUAGAACAACUUAACCGCCGCUGUGUUCAGGUGCAAGGUAGAGACCGUCUCUAUGUUAAAACUGUUGCAGAGCAACUAGGCUUGGAUGGUUCAUAUGUUCCUCGAACUUACAUAGAACAAAUCCAGCUGGAAAAGCUUGUAAAUGAUGUUAUGGCACUGCCAGAUGAUUUGAAGUCAAAACUAAGCAUUGAUGAUGAUUUAGCUUCAAGCCCCAAAGAAGCCCUCUCUCGAGCCUCAGUAGACAGAAGAAACAAAGCUAUUUAUAUCUUAUGCAGUGGCAUGUCUCAGUCAUUUUCAAGUCGACAUGAGAAGAAUAUGUCCAAACUGACAAGACUUGCUGUUAACAAUAGAACAUUUGAUGGGAGAAAUAUGGAGCCCCCAGCUGGUCUAGCUACACAGGGGGUUGUUGCUCAACUUUCGGACCAGAUCUCCACCCUGAAUGAGCGGAUGGAUGAGUUUACAUCCCGUCUUGAGGACCUCAACUCUAAGUUGAGUGUCAGGAAAGUUUCAGCUAGCCAACAAAACCUGGCUUUGCCCUCUGAAGCUUGCAAUGGCACCGGAACACCUGCUGCACUGUUCGUGACUGGCUUGGCUAAUGGUCCCCUAAGUGGUUCACUGAUACCUCAUUCUUCGUCGUCCUCCCAACUGGCCAAAGAGUCCCAGCUGAUGGAUGAGCUUCUACAGGUGGCGAGAGGACAACGACAGAUCCUGCACCAAUUAGACAACGUCAGCAAUCUUCUCCACGAGUGCUGGGGUGAGCAGUCUCGUAAAGAUAGAACUGAAAGGGCCAGUAGCAGCCUGAUGGAAGUAGACUCCAUUGCAGUUCCUUUGAUGUUGACUCUAGCAAUUGGUGGUUUAGGUGUUCUUUUGUUCAGAGGCCUUGCUUCCCAAAAGUGACUGAUCCUUCUUUUUCAUGGAAUCGCCUAGCUUCAGAUUACGCAAACAUACAAUGUUAUCUCACUAUAACAACUGAUAGAAACAGGAGAAGAAGCCUCUGUUGCUGCCAACCGGCGUUUCAGGUCUGAGAAGGCUGACUGUCACCCCCUCGCUUCAACAUCCAGCCAGUGUACCGUAAAUAUAUGAUAAUAAGCAUCUCUUUAGCGAGUGACAGAUCAUGUAUAGGUUCUGUAAAACAUCUGUGCUACAGUACACAUAUACAACGAAGAACUCAGCUGUAAUGUUAGGCCAAACUUCUAGCCAUCGUAAAGAAGGCGGAGUGGUUAGGGACCGAUGAACAGCACUUUUCAGGAUCUGUUACUGUUUACAUCAAAUAACAGAUCAAUGAAGUGAGAAAUGAUUGAUGUCCAGGUUCCAAGUAAUCGACUCCUACUUUCACUACCUUGGUAUUCAAGUCUUCCAUUGUUGGCUAUGAUCAUAUGUAAAGGGU